UUUUUCAGUAUACUUUGUUCACUUCUUCUGGUCGACUCCACGCACGACCGGAACUUCUCUCUACGUUGUCGUUUCCUUCCAUCCGCCGGAAAACAUCACCGGACAGCCAUGGACCUUGACCCUGAAGACGUAUUUCGAGACGACGAAGACGAUCCUGAAAGCGAAUUCCAUCAGGGAAGAGAUUUUACUAAAGAACUAUUGGUUUACCUGGUCGACGCUUCCCCGAAAAUGUUCUCAACUUCUUGCCCAUCAGAGGAUGCAAAGGAUGGAUCGCUUUUUCACGCUGCUAUCAGUUGCAUUUUGGAAUCACUGAAGACUCAGAUCAUUAAUAGAUCUUAUGACGAAGUCGCAAUAUGUUUCUUCAAUACUAGAGAGAAAAAGAAUUUGCAGGAUUUGAAUGGUGUUUAUGUAUUUAAUGUUGCUGAAAGGGAGGAUUUAGACAGGCCAACAGCAAGGCUUAUCAAAGAAUUUGAGAGCAUAGAAGAAAAAUUUGAUAAUGACAUUGGCAGCAAAUAUGGUAUCUUGUCUGGUUCUCGUGAUAAUUCUCUCUAUAAUGCUCUUUGGGUUGCUCAAGCUCUACUCCGCAAAGGAUCUGCAAAAACAGCCGACAAAAGAAUUCUUCUGCUUACCAAUGAAGAUGAUCCUUUUGGCAGUAUCAAGGGAAUUACAAAAAUGGAUAUGAUGCGAACAACACUUCAACGAGCAAAAGAUGCUCAAGAUCUUGGUAUUUCCAUUGAACUACUCCCGCUGAGUAGGCGAAAUGAUGAGUUUAACAUAUCUCUCUUCUAUGCUGAAUUACUUGGACUGGAAGGUGAUGAACUUACUCAAUUUCAAGCCUUGGCUGGAGAGAGAUUGAAAGACAUGAAGGAACAACUGAGGAAGCGUAUAUUCAAGAAACGUAAGAUUCGAAGAAUAAAGUUCAUAAUUGCCAAUGGUAUGUCCAUAGAUGUGGACACCUAUGCUUUGAUUCGUCCAACCAAUCCAGGGACAAUUACUUGGCUUGAUUCAGUAACUAAUCUUCCAAUAAAGUCUGAUAGAUCCUUCAUUUGUACGGAUACUGGUGCAUUACUACAGGAGCCUGCUCAGCGUUUUCAGUCUUACAAGAGUGAAGAUGUCAUGCUAUCUGUUGAUGAGCUUUCAGAAAUCAAGAGAAUUGCCAGUGGACACCUUCGUCUUCUAGGUUUCAAGCCAUUGAGUUGUUUGAAAGACUAUCACAACUUGAGGCCAUCAACAUUUAUUUUUCCUAGUGAUGAGGAAGUGAUUGGAAGUACUUGCAUUUUUGUUGCUCUUCAUAGAUCCAUGUUGCAGCUUAAUCGUUUUGCUCUUGCUUUUGGUGGAAGUUCAAAUAAUCCUCAUCUGGUUGCCCUGGUUGCUCAAAAUGAGAUCAUUAGUGGUGGUGGUCAGGUUGAGCCACCAGGAAUGCAUUUGAUAUACCUUCCAUAUUCUGAUGACAUCAGACACGUUGAAGAGGUUCAUGCAGAUGCAAACACCAUUGCACCUCGAGCAACUGAUGAUCAAACUAAAACGGCCUCUGCUUUGGUACGACGUAUUGACUUGAAAGAUUUUUCGGUAUGCCAGUUUUCAAAUCCCGCUUUGCAGAGACAUUAUGCUGUAUUGCAGGCUCUUGCUCUUGAUGAAGAUGAGAUGCCUGAAAUCAAGGAUGAAACUCUUCCUGAUCAAGAGGGCAUGGCCAGGCCAGGUAUUGUUAAACUGUUGGAAGAAUUCAAACUUUCGGUCUUCGGAGAAAACUAUGAAGACAAUGAUUUGAGCACUGGUGGAACAAUGACUGAGGCCUCUCGAAAGCGGAAAGCAAUUGCUGACAAUGCAACGAAGGAGUAUUCAAAAUAUGACUGGCUUGAACUUGCAGACACUGGAAAGUUAAAGGACUUGACCGUGGCUGAGCUGAAGUACUAUUUGACGGCAAACAACCUCUCUGUUACUGGUGCAAAAGCUGCUUUAAUCAGCAGAAUAUUGACUCACAUGGGAAAAUGAGGAACAUCAUGAUUACUGUCUGAACAUCAGCCUGACUCCUGUUACUACUGAUUUUCUUGCUCCAGUAUCUUUAUGCAUGCAUGUACUUGUAGCUCUCUCCCUAUUCCCUAACGAGAAUAUGUAUAGGUUUUCACAUUUUAUUGUAAACAAUGCACCCAAUGUGCCUUGCCACUCCCCUUUAUGGUGGUGAAGCUGUAGUCAUACUACGAAUUUUAGUGGGCCAUUUUUGUUUUUUGUUUUUUUUUGUACAGAAGUAUCGGGACAUGUUCUCAUUGCAUUGUACAAAAGAUGCAGAAAUUGUAAUGCCUUUUGACUUUU